CACUCACGUCGGGUGGGCAGCGGCGCGCCGCCAACAUCCUCGCCGCUUGCCGCGUUGAACGAGUCAGUUCGGCGCCGACAGCCGCCACGCGCACACGUUUUCAUUGCGAAAUGGCCGCCGCCCACACACAUUCAGCCCCCACACCUUCUGACCGCCGGUCUGAGGGUCGUGCUGGCUCUAGACGUAUAUUCCCACCACAAUUCAAGCUGCAAGUUCUCGAGGCCUAUAGACGCGAUACUCAAUGUCGCGGUAAUCAACGCGCUACAGCCAGGAAGUUUGGCAUUCAUCGUCGCCAGAUUCAAAAAUGGCUACAAGCUGAGCCCACACUAAGAGCGGCUCUUUUACGACGAGCUCCGCAACCAGCGCCUUCACCACCGCCUUACGCGGCUGGUUCACCGGAAAGUGCCCGAUUGCCAUCGCCGCCGCCCGCCACACUUCCCACGCCAGUACAGGUGCCCACUCCGAUGCCAGCAACUAUACCUGUGACUGUACCGAUAGCUAUCACUACCACAGAGCCAAUAGACCUCUCAGUACGAAGGGCUUCAUCUCAAGUGCCUCAUCCAACAUAUCCUUCUGCACCAGAGCCUCCACGCAAGCCUUUUAAACUAUUCCGGCCAUACCUACUCGGGGAAGAAGAUGAAGAGGAAAAGAGGCCAGCAGUGGCUUCACUGCCAGUAUCUAACGGCGUGCACGUGUCCGCGUUCGUGCCAGUGCAGAGUGCGGGCGGAUGCGCGUUGACCGCGUGCCCCACGCCGCGCUGGUGCGCCGCCAUGCCUUCCUUCCCGGCUCCGCUCAGAUGAGAGGACGCCGCCGGGGCUCAGCCCCGCACCUUCUGUGAUCUAGUCGCCGACGCCCGCCUGGCGCCACCUGGGGCGUAGCCCUCCAUUAUCGUGCCUUAACGUACACUACACGUCGCCAUAGUGCAUUAUGUUAUCGUCUUGAGAUGAUAGCUUAUUUUUGUGUAAAGAUAUAAAAAUGUAUUUUUAUAUGUGAGGUUAAAGAAGCUUACCCACAUUUAUCAAGAUUACAUAUAUUAUUAUGACUUUAAUUAUUCUUAUAUUAAUAAAGAGAAUUGUUUACUAAAA